CCCCUGGUUGUGCCAUGCGCACUGGCGCUUGUUGUUGUUGAGCUGGUUGUUAUGGCUGGACAAGGCCUCGGACUCUACUGAGAGAGGACCCCCCUCCCCUCCCCGGACCACCCCGUCUCCGUUACGGGACACCCGCCACCCAUGGAGGGCACAGACAUGGACGUGGACGCGGAGCUCAUGCAGAAGUUCAGCUGCAUGGGCACCACGGACAAGGACGUCCUCAUUUCGGAGUUCCAGAGGCUGCUGGGUUUCCAGCUCAACCCAGCCGGCUGCGCCUUCUUCCUGGACAUGACCAACUGGAAUCUACAGGCUGCUAUUGGCGCAUAUUAUGACUUUGAAAGUCCCAAUGUCAACACGCCAUCCAUGUCCUUUGUCGAAGAUGUGACGAUUGGCGAAGGAGAGUCUGUCCCUCCAGACACACCGUUCACAAAGACCUGGAGGAUACAAAACACAGGUGCAGAGUCGUGGCCACCUGGGGUUUGUCUCAAGUAUAUUGGUGGGGAUCAGUUUGGGCAUGUAAACACAGUAAUGGUGAAGUCUCUAGAUCCCCAGGAAAUAUCAGAUGUGAGUGUGCAGAUGCGAAGUCCCACAAAUCCUGGCAUGUACCAAGGCCAGUGGAGGAUGUGUACAGCCACUGGGUUAUUCUACGGAGAUGUAAUCUGGGUGAUUCUUAGUGUUGAAGUUGGAGGUCUCCUCGGUGUGACCCAACAGCUGUCCUCCUUUGAGACAGAAUUUAACACCCAACCCCAGCGCAGUGUCCAGGGAGACUUCAACCCCUUUGCCUCGCCACAGAAGAACAAGCAUGAUGCCACUGACAACAGCUUCAGAGAUCCUGGUGGAGCCUGGGAACGCACACAAGAGCCAAUCCAGCAAGAUCAGAAUGGACUGUCUCAUAAUGCUGUAAAUAGGGCAUCAAAUGGUCUCCAAACCAAUCUUUCCGUGGUGACUUAUGGCCAGGGUAUUCACGGACCCUAUCCAUUUGGACAGAGCUAGAAGGACAAAGACACCCCCCCCUCCCCCCAUGGUGUAGACGAGUUUAACACCCUGGGAGUCCUUAAAUGCAGAGGAGUCUGAGGGGGGUGGAGGAACAGUUGUUUUAUACUGACUCAUGACAACCCUCUCCCCAAGAAACCCAUGGCCCUUUUCACAGAAACACAAACAACAGUGAGGUGAUGGAUAACAUCUGCUACAGUGAAACAUCCCACCUGACAUCAACACCCGGAUUCGCAUGUGUGAAUGCUUGAUUUAAGAGUGCUAUAAACCCUUGAAAACAUACAUGAACACAACUAUUUUUAUUUCCACUGUAAAACACGCCUAAUUAAAGGGAAAAUCACCCUAAACAAUGUGCAAACUAUUUGGUAAUCCCAUGGGCAAUUGAAUACUUUCUCUCUUUGGGGUUCCUACCAAGGUCUGACAUAUUUUGAAAAACACAGAACAGUAUAAAAAUGAAUGGUGGUUAUUGAUCAUUUUGAGGCCUUGAUAAAUGUUUAAAAGAAGACAGAAAAACUGAACCGAAGUCUGAUUUUAUUUUUAAUUGUUUUUGUUCACCAUGCCAAGCUGUUUUUAUUUUAGGCGCAUGGAGAAGUUCCACACUCCUUUAGAUGACAGCCUUGCACUAGUUUCACCACAAACCAGGGGAAUGAUGAGAUGGUUAAAACAGAUAUGACCUGUUUUACCAGACUACUCUUCAUGGAUAAAUUCCAAAGAUUGGCAGACAUGAAAGACAGUCAUUCAGUUGUUGAAAUCUGCCUUUGAGUUGUAUUCACAUGUAUGAUGGCAGGUGGAUUAUGGGAAAGACUGCUAAGUACACAUCUUGUUCACAUCAGCCGACAAACAGAAAUGGAUGAUUUUGUUUACAGUACGACACUUCAUCCAUUAAAUUUGUCUUAAUUUGAAUGUGUGAUUUGACUGAAAUGAGGCAUCCACAUUUGUUUAUUUUCAGACAUUUCUGUAAUCAAAUGCUGCGUGAGAAAUAUUGAAGUUUUCAGAGAAGUCAGAACUUUCCACUUGUGGUUCCGAUUUGGAUUGUAAUGAGGUUUACAAGUUGAAAAUUGGGAAUUCUACAAGAAAAAUUGAUUGGCUGAUCUGUUGUGUUUAAGUGGCAGGAGCAGUUGUUGGAAUUUUCCUUUCACCGUUUCAGGUCCUCCAAUCUGGUUUAAUAGACUUAAUUGUCUUCAUUCUGUCUUUUUUCACAGUUAACAUCAAACUGAGUGCAAUCUCAAACAUAAUCUGAAAUUGUUUGUUCUUCUGUUUAUUUUUGUAAUUGAUAAUAGAGUUUUUGACUGAGAUGACAUGGAAAUUGACGCAAAUAUCUACUGUAUUACACAUUUAACUCUAAAGGUAUCAGUGUUCGUGUUUUCAGGCUCAAACUGAGCAGUGUUGGACUUUUCUGGAGUCCAGGUCUUUGAGUCAGGUCAGAUAACACACAUUGAAACGCCAAUACCUUAAAUAACUAAGUUGCGACAUUUAAAUUUUGUCACACAACCACAUUACACGUAGGAAUCCUACAUUUCUGUCCAGAAAAAUCACAUCUGAAGAAGUCUAUACAUCCAAGACUGAUUGGAUAGAUGAUCCUCAGCACCAAGAUGAGGAAAGAAUUUCCUGCACCUUUGCAUAGAAAAUAUUGUUGAUUCUUGUGUAGGAGCCCCGUUUUUCUCCCAAAGAUAAAACCCAGAGAGCCAAGACACUAAUCUGUGCUGUCAUCAAGCCACACAAUCUGCAGGUGCCUGGUUCAGACUGCAUGGGACAUGGUGUGUGUUUUUUAGGGUGGGUUUUUGCUUUAAAUAGAUGCUGAAGCGCAAAAAGGAUGUGAGUGAGUUUGAGUAAGUGAGGUGUGAGGAAGGGUUGAAAAAGCCAUUUAAAUCUAUUUUGCCUGGUGAGUGACUGUAGUUUCUGAGUCCAUGUCUACAGUAUGUGUACUAAAUAUAUAUAUAUAUAUAUAUAUAUAUAUGUAUGUGUGCGUGCCUGUUAGGUGUGCAUGUAUGUUAAUGGUUUCUGUUUGGAUUUAACUGACAUAAAAUAGUGUAUACUACUUGGGCAAAGGAUGACUUGACAUGUACACAUCAAUAUGGAGAGAGCUUUAAUAGGCAUGUACCUCAGAAGUAUUUUUGAGUGAUUCUUCUACGCUUGGAUGAACUGAUUCAAUAAUUACCCUGUUGUUAUUUAUUUGCUGUCUUUAUGUGCACUGCAGAUUCAAAAGGUCCCAUUUGUAGCCAGCAGGUGGUGCUAAAAAUCAGUCGACCAACUCAAACUUUACUUGACACCAUGCUACACUGUAAACACAAAUACGUAAUGAACUUGUAGUUUGACCCUGGUAGAUGAUCGAGAUAUGAAAUUUGAUGGUUUGCAUCUGCCUUAUUAGUACCGGUGUUCUGUUACUGCUAUUUGCACAGCGCUGCCUGUCACCUCCGACGAGGAAAAGAAGAGAUUUUUGGCUUAUUGUGGAUUGUGACACCAGCAUUUUCAUUUGUUUCAUCACAGCUUCAAGUUUUGUUUUCAAAGUAUUGAACGUACACAUUUUCACCCAUUUCAUCACUGCACUAGUGUCUGGUGUUUAAAAUACAUAUGUUGUUUUGAUGACAUGAAUGAGUUUGACUGUUGUUACCCCUGAUUUUUUUACUUCAGCUUCAGUCAUUAUGUCCAAAAGUGGUUUUCAUGUAUUUUUGGCUUAAAAAAUAAAAUGGAAAAAGUUGUUAAGAGAAAUCUGUGAUACUGGUACGGUUUAUUUCGCAAGGAGGAAUUCAAACAGAAUUUUUUGUAUUUGUUUUGAUACUUCAAUUGAUCAAAAUUACUCCAAGUUGUUAAUAUGAACAUAUGAAUGUCAUUAAAAACAUUUAAAGUUUGUUGUUAUAACAUGUACCAUCUGUAAAUUCACCAGCAUUCUGUGUUGCAGCUCUGCUUUUUCUGUAUUCAAGAAUCAUCUGAGAGUCCUCCUCCCAAACAGUAUACACUGUUGAAUCUGUUAGUCACGUCAGGUUUUUUUUUUGUUGUUGUUUUAUGUGUGUGUGCGCUUCCUUCUUGUGGGGUUGCUUGUGUGUGUUUGUGAGUGUGAGAGACAGAUGGUGAGGAGGUCUGAAAUUUGCUGGAUUCAUUCUCUAGUUUUAGUUUAUGACUAUGUAUGGACUUGAGCUAGGCGGCAUGGUGAGUGGAUGGGAUGAAAGUUUACAUAGUCCUAAGAUAGCACAUUUAUCUGAAGAGAAAUUGUCAGAGCUUUUUUUCCCCCCUGUAUCUAUAAUUAAGCAUUUGUAUGAUUAAAUUAACACAAACAGUGA